AUGGACUGGGCCCUCGGCCUGGUCCACGCCGCGGCUCCGCUCGCGCCAUACCUGCUGCCGCCGCAGUGCCCGGCCUGCAACUGCGUGGCGGACUGCUCCGUGCCCUCAGAGAUCGUCGGGCUGCUGGGCAGGCAGCUCGACCGGUGUGGGCCGGAGCAGCUGACCUGCCCGGGCCGGCGUACGGGGGUCUUCGCCGCGGGCGCGGCGUUCGGGGUCCUGACCGCCGCGCUGGCCGGGGCCGUCUGGCGGCUGCGCUGGCAGCCGAGGGCGGCGGCGCCAGGGCUGCUGGACAGCCUGGCCGCCGGGGACGACGCGCCGGCCAGCGGCGACACCAGCUUCGCUGCGGGCCAGGCGAGCGUGAUAGCGCGCAGCCUGGACAUCCCGGAGCCCCAAGUGGCGGUGGAUUUCUUCGACGACCCGAAUGGGUUCAAUUUCCACGUGCGGGUCCUCCUCGUGCCGGCGGGCGCCGGCAAGUGGAUCUGGGUGACCCCCGACCACAGCGUGCAGUUCGGGGACUUGACGACGCACCGGGUGGUGCCCCUGCCGCGGAACGCCCCGUUCCCUCGGCGCCUGGCGGGCCAGCUGUAUGCCUUCGACCCGUUCGAGGACGGCGAGCUCGAGGGCAUCAGGGAGCAGGCGGCGGCCUUGGCGACGGUGCUGGGCAUCGACGUGCCGCGUGGCGCGGCAGGGGCCCCGCCUCGCUGGGUGGUCGCGGAUCCAGCCCACCCACAGUUCGGGACGGUCCUCGACGCGGUGAUCAGCGGCGCCGACGAUCGCUUCGUGCGCCGGGGGGCGGUGGCGCUGUCGAUGCUGGACAACGACGACGGCGAGGAGAUCUUCACGGCGUGCGAGAACGUGCCGGAGGAGCGGCACCAGCAGUGGCUCGACGAGAAGCAUUCGGGGCCUGGACGGGAUCCUCGGGUGUGCCCGGUCCGUCGGAUCGGAGCGGGCGGGCCGCGUCGAGCUACGCUGGACCAGGCCAUGGAGGCUCACCGCCCGCAGGACGCCGACGACCGGGUCUUCCGCGGGCCGAAGGCGUUGCCUGAGUUCCUGGCCAGCGCGCGGGCGUCAGGCCUAGGGAUCGCGGGCUACGCGGGCCACUGCAUCACGAACAGCGGGAUUCCACCGGGUAGCGCGGCUGCCCACGAGAUCCGCCUCUUGCUCGAGGCGCUGCGCCACUUCAUCGAGCACGACCAGCUCGACGUCGCGAACCUCGCGGGGGCCGAGCUGAUCGCCGGGAGGGUCGUGCAGAUGCAGCGGGCCAUCCGCCGGGACCCGAAGCAUCCGAACUACGUCGGGCUGGAGGACAUGCUGGCCUCCGCGCUGGACGAGACGGGCGGGGUGGUCACCAGCAAGUUCGACGAGUGGGUUGCGCAGGAGCAGAAGACGAAGGCGGCGAUCAUGAAGAACACGAGGAUCUACGCAGAGGAGAGGGAUGCCGAAGCCAAGCGGACCGCUGGCGGAAGCAACCGCGGAGGACUCCUGGCUGCCAAGGGCUUGUCCUACGGCGGCCGCAAUUUUGCCCGCAGUUUUGUCUCGAAGGAGUCCGUGUUAGACCGCGUGGUGCGAUCGGUUGCUCGGCAUGGCCAGCCGCCGACCGACCUCCAGCCACGAGAGGCCUUCCGGGAGCUUCUCAAGUCCAGCAACAUCUACUCCGCGGAGGGCCGGCUCACCGUUCGGCCCUUCGACCAGGACAAGGCGCUCGACCUCGUCCCCGAUCACGUUCGACAAGUUUUGAUGGAGCCGAAUCGGUUCCUGGAGCGCCACUCCGACGAGCUGGCGGACGAGCCCCAUGUCGAGCCGUACUGGGGCCCCCUCCUGAACCCAAGGGCCCGGGCCAAUCGCCCACGCCUGCUUGCGCUGCUCCGCCGCCUGGCCGACAUGGGGAUCGUGGUCGCCCCCCGCAAGAAGAAGGCGACCGUGGGUCUGUUUGUCGUCGAGAAGAUGGGAGACCGCCCCCGCGCGAUUGUGGACGGUCGGCAGCCCAAGCAGUUUCAUCGGUUACCCCCCCAGACCAGCAUGGCGUCGGUCGAGGCUCUCGCAGCGGCGCAGGUGGGAACGGACUGGCGUCAGCGUUGUUCGGUGAGCUCGGACGAGGCCGCCCUGUACGCGGCCACUGUCGACCUGAAGGGCGGCUUCCACCAGUUCAAGGUCCUGCCCCUGCCCGAGUGGUUCGUGUUCGACAUGCCGGGCGUCCGCGCGAUGGACCUCGGCGCGCAUCAGGUCUACGACGGCGACGCUGGGUCCUUCGUCGACGUGGCCCUGGAGAACGACUGCGUGUGGCCCGCCUGCGGCGGGCUGGCGAUGGGCUGGUCUUGGGCCUUCUGGAUCUGCCACGAGAAGCUUGCGCAUGUGAUGAGGAUCUCGGCGGGCCCGAGCGACGCCAUGGUGUUGGACAAGGCGCCGGCAGCUCGCCUGAGGCCAGGCAUGGUGGGCGACCCCCCGUGCGUCGACAACGCCAACGUCAUCGGGCUCGAGCGCGAGGUCGCGCAGGCCCGGCUCGAGCGCGCGACGAAGGCCCUCGACCUGCUCGGGCUGAAGUGGCACGAGAAGCAGGACGCUGGCGUCGAGGUGGAGAUCCUGGGCGUCAUCGUGGACGGCGUGCAGGGCCUGGUGCGGCCCAACGAAGCGUCUGUGGUCCGCGAGCUGCCGACGGCGGCGCUGCAGGAGCUGAGGAUAGCCCAGUCGAUCCUCUUCAUGGCCGCCGGCCGCUGGGGGUUGCCAGCCUGCCCCGUCGCGUUCGUGACGGGCGCCUCCAUGAAGGGCCGCGCGCUCCUGGAGACCGACAUCUCGGCGGACGAAGUUCACGAUCUUUGCCGAUUCCGGGGGCGGGCCCGCUUCAGCAGGCGAGAGAAGUUCGUGGAGCGAGAGCACGACGGCUUCAAGGGCUCGCUCGCGAUCGGCGAUGCGCGCUGUGGGCUGAUGGGCCUGGCGCGCGCGGCCAGCUACGUCCCGUGCCACGACGCGGAGCUGCUCUCUGCCAGGGACAACCUGGGCUCCGUCCCGGCCUUCGACGAGAAGGGCCGCGCGGCGAACCGGGAGCUCCUCGCGCAGUGCCGGCGGGCGGCCGCGUUGCAGCUGGCCUCCGGCAUCGCGUGGCGGCAGCGCCACGUCGAGGGCGCGCGGAACGCAGCGGACUACAUGAGCCGCGCCGCGGACCGCGGUCUGCUUCAGCCCAGCCAGGGCACCAGGUGGACAGCACGCGUGGUAUCUACCCCCAGGGCCGUCAUCCUCAACAUCCGGGUCAAGGGCCGACGGCUCUUGUUGGAGAUCUUCUCGGGCGAGGGGUACAUGGCGGGGGCCAUCCUGGAGGCGGGGCUCCGCGUGGGGAUCCCCAUGGACCUCCAGAAGGGCCCGCACUUCGACGUCGCGGAACCGAAGGUCCAGAAGGUCAUCAUCAGGUGGAUCCGCUCCGGCGCUAUUUGGCUCAUGCACCUCGCGACCCCGUGCGCACGGUGGUCUGUUGCGCGGUCCUCCAGCACUUCAGAGCCGGCGGGGGGCCUUGCCGCGGCGCGAUUCACGGUGCGCCGGAUCCAGGAGUGCCGUGCAGGAGCCCACUUCACGCUCGAGAACCCGCGGCGGUCGCGUCUCUGGACGUGGAGGCCCCUGGCGAGAGCGCUCAAGCCGGCUGGGGCGAUCCUCGUCGACUUGUGCCAGUGCCGCUUCGGGACGCCGUUCCAGAAGCCGACCGGGUUUGCCGCGUCCCACCCUCUGUUCGCCACGCUGCGCCGCGAGUGCAGGUGCCAGCGCCGCUGUGAGGUGCUGCAGGGGAAGGUCUUUGUGAAGGGCCGCUGGGGGUGGAAGACGAGCCUGGCGGCCGCGUACCCGCCGAGCUUGUGUCGUGCCUAUGCCGACGUCGCCCAGCACCUGGCGCCCGCGGCGGCCGCGCGACCUGGCGGAGAUGCCGAGCUCGAGCGCCGCUGGGAGCGCCAGCUGGCAGCCGCGUGCGGCACCGGCUGCUCUGGCGGGGCUGCCAGAGGCGCUGGGACUAAGGCGGGCGGCCGCGCUGGGCAGGCGCGCGCCGAGCCGCGGGAGCAGGCGCCCGGCCUCCUGCGGCGCUCCACCGUGCGGCCGGCGACGGCGGCCCGCUACUCGGGCUGCGCGCAGGAGCUCGACCAAUUCGUCGCGGGCAGCGGCGGGGGCUUCGCGGAUCCACGCGCGGCGGGCGCCACCCUGGAGCGCUGCUUCGAGUCGCUCUUCCUCGGCGGCGAGGCCAAGGCCAACGCCCGCUGGUGCCUCUACGGGCUGGCCUGGCAGCGCGGCUGGGCGACCAAGGGUGGCGCCUUUCCGCGGGCCAAGCAGGCCCUCAAGGGCUGGGGCCGCCUGCAGCCGCCUGGCAGCCGGGUGCCGGCCGUCUGGGAGGCGGUUCUGGCGGUGGCGGACGACCUCAUCGGCCGCGACCUGCAGUCGACGCUGGCGGGCGCGCUGCUGCUGGUGGCCUUCGACGGCUACCUCCGGCCGCCCGAGGCGCUGAGCCUUCGCGGCGCCGACGUUCUACGGCCCGCACGCUCGGGGCCCCAGAGGCUGCGGGCGGUCACCGUGGCGCCGGCGACGCAGCCAGUCCCGUCCAAGACCAACGCGUUCGACGACACCGUCUUCCUCGGGAACGCCGCCAAGGGCCAGGCCUUCGUGGGCGGCAUCAUGGGCAUCCUGCUUUCGCGCGCUGGCCAGGACAAGCCGUUCGGCGGGCUCGCGCUGGCCAGGCUCGAGGCUGUCGUGAAGAUGGCCUGCAGACGGUUGCAGCUACCUGUGACUUUCACACCGCACUGCCUUCGACAUGGGGGUGCCAGCCGGGACGCGCCCGAGAAGUUCGAGGACCUUCGUUCGAUCCAGCGCCGGGGCCGCUGGAAGGCCCGCGAGUCCGUCCGUCGGUGCGAGAAGGCAGGCACCCUGCCGCGU